AUGCUUUCCACCCUCGCCCUCCGAGUGCGCCUGUCCCUUUCGCCCGUCACCACACCAUCUUCAGGAGCGACAGCACGCGCCAGAGAAUAUCCAGCUCCAAGGACCUCAACUUCACUGUACAUCUUUAUCAAGGGCAAGGUGCGGGCCACAUCAGCUGUAGGUCUAACAAAACUGAGCGAAAAUUCGCAUGUGCGCCGCGAGCAGCGACGCGCAGUGCAGCUGCACUUUACUCGAAAGACCAACACUUUUCUCGCGGACGCGUUGCAGCUCGCAUGUGGGAUCCUCUCUUACUUCCUUCGUUGUGUCAACGMCCUCAUCAMCUCMCCUUGCGCACACGACCGCCAUACCUAUCCACACCUCCGCCUUGGUGCAGACGUUGCAAUGUCGGAGAGCGACAAGCUGACGCUGGCGCGCGUGGCGUGGAUGCAGUCGAUCGUGUCGCACCGCAUCGUACCCGAGCGCUUUGCCAAGCACCUCUAUGCGCGCUGCUGUGCGGUGGCGCAGACGGCGUAUGAAGAAAGCACGUAUCGCGCCAUGAUGCAGGAAUCGUCGAGGCAUCUGUCGGUGCUGGAUCUGGAGCUGCGCACCGUCUCCGACCAGGCAACGGGCCAAGCCGUGCUGGCACUCGUCAACACCAAGCAAGACACGCUCAUCCAGGGCGCCACGCGCUACUCGCCACUCGAAAUCUCGUUAGUCAAGAAGCUCGUCGAGGAGAUCUUCAAGGCAAGAAGGGAUGCAUAUGCAAUUCCGGCCAUGGAGGCGGUCAGGCUCGGCAGCAAGUUGAGGACCCAUCUGACUAGGGAUGCCACCGAAGAGCUGCUCAGAAACUUGGUCGACCAUAAAUGGCUAGACUAUUCCUCGUCGCUGGUGGAGCUGCGCAACUAUCUGCAGAACGAGUUUGAGGAGCACUACAACACGUGUACGCACUGCAAGGAUGUGGUGACGCUGGGACUGGCAUGUUCGCAUGCAACACGCAGCUGUUCGGCGCGCUACCACAUGCACUGCGCGCGCAAUACUAUCGGCUCCGCUGUAAACGACGACGAAGCCCUGGCGCGAUUGACGGGCUUUCCGUGCCCCGUUUGUCGCCGCUCCUGGAAGUCCCGUCCCAUCGGCCCCAAGGCUCUAAGGCUUACGGAUCGCGAUACGCCCUUCAGCUCCCAGCCCGAACACUCACGAACCCAGCCCGCGCAAGACGACGACGACGAUUCCGACGCCGAAGUCGAUUCCCAACUCGCCUCGCUCGACGGCGAAGAAAGCCCGCAACAGGCUACCACCGUCAAGCCAGAACCAGCAACAACCCAACCCGCACGCCGCCAAAGCCAGCGUCGCCGCAUCGACGACAGCGACGACGACGAACAAGAUGUCAAACCCCGCCGACGCCUCCGCUAG